AUGCUGGCGGGGGCGUGCGAGGCGUGCAGCCCCGAUUGUGCCCAGGUCGACCUGUCGCUCUCCGAUUCGAUCGCCUAUCUCGCCGCUCUCGGCCUAGCCCCGGAGGCCCGCACGCCCGUGGCGCCCCUGCAAUCUGCCAAGGCGAACCUCGUCACCAUUGUCGGCAUUAACACCCCUCUCCUCCGCAAGUCUGAGCUAGAGUACGUCGCCAUGCUGGUCAAGCUCAACGUGCACCACUUCAGCGGCCACAACAGUGACCAACCCGGUUACCGCUACUGCAAGAACAAGCCGUACCCUAAGUCGCGCUUCAACCGUGGUGUCCCCGACCCCAAGAUUCGCAUCUUCGAUCUUGGCCGUAAGCGUGCGAACGUCGACGAGUUCCCCUGCUGCGUUCACCUCGUCUCCAACGAGUAUGAGCAGCUGAGCUCCGAGGCCCUCGAGGCCGCCCGUAUUUGCGCCAACAAGUACAUGGUCAAGACCGGUGGCAAGGAGUCCUUCCAUCUCCGUGUCCGCGCCCACCCCUACCACGUCAUCCGUAUCAACAAGAUGUUGUCGUGCGCUGGUGCCGAUCGUCUCCAGACCGGUAUGCGUGGUGCCUUCGGCAAGCCCAACGGUACCGUUGCCCGUGUCAACAUCGGCCAGAUCCUUCUGUCCGUCCGCACCAAGGACAACAACCGUGCUACCGCCAUCGAGGCUCUCCGCCGCUCCCAGUACAAGUUCCCUGGUCGCCAGAAGAUCAUCGUCUCCAAGAACUGGGGCUUCACUCCCCUCCGCCGCGAUGAGUACAUCGCCAAGCGCCAGGCCGGCGAGGUCAAGGUCGAUGGUGCCUACGUCCAGUUCCUCAGCAAGCACGGCAAGAUCGCGGACAACAUUCGCCGCUUCCCUACCGCCUUCUCGCAGGAGACCGAGGCUUAG